UCGCGGGCGGCGUUCCUUUGUUUUGGUCCUUUGAAUGCGGGGCUUCCGCUGCCUUGCCGAGCAGGCUGGGAAGAUGAGCUCGGUCUCAGUGACGCUAACGUUACGAAGGAUUGGCAAACGAGGAAGCCCUUAAGGUGUGCGCGGGGCGGCAGGCUGGCCGCGUUCCGGGCUCGCGGAGCGGUGCCGAAGGGCGGUGCUCGGUCAGCUCCGUGCACCAGAGGAAGAGCGACGGACGUUUCAGGAAAUGCGUUGUUGCGGCGAUGUUCGACACCCACUCGAAAGUAAUGGAAAAGCAGGGAAAUGCGUUCCGGAACUAUAUGGGGUUUUGUUGUUGCCGAGUGCUGCUCGUUGUCUUUAAGGGACAUCUGAGAUCCUUGAUCUGAAUAGAAGCAAGGCAGCCUGACUUGUUGCGUUCUCGAUGGCUGUGCGAUGAGGGUGAAAGCGGGCAGUGCGAGUUACGGCGCUGGGAUGAAGGCAGUGCUCCUGCUGGGCUGUUCUGCUCCUCACAAAUUUCUCAUUUACGCCUGCCUGCUGCUUUUCUCUGUGUUGCUAUCCCUACGUCUGGAUGACAAAAUUCAGUGGAGUUACUGGGCUGUGUUUGCACCAAUAUGGCUGUGGAAGUUGAUGGUGAUUGUUGGCGCCUCAGUGGGAACGGGAGUGUGGGCCCGAAACCCGCAGUAUCGAGCAGAAGGAGAAACGUGUGUGGAGUUCAAAGCGAUGUUAAUUGCAGUGGGCAUCCACCUGCUGCUGUUGAUGUUCGAAGUCCUGGUGUGUGACAGAAUCGAAAGAGGAACUCAUUUUUGGCUUCUGGUCUUCAUGCCGUUGUUCUUUGUAUCUCCUGUGUCAGUUGCAGCCUGCGUAUGGGGAUUCCGACAUGACAGGUCCCUGGAGCUGGAGAUCUUGUGUUCAGUUAAUAUUCUGCAAUUCAUAUUUAUUGCCCUCAGACUCGAUGAGAUCAUCAGAUGGCCGUGGCUUGUUGUCUGCGUUCCGUUGUGGAUCUUGAUGUCCUUUCUCUGCCUGGUGGUGCUCUAUUACAUCGUUUGGUCUGUUCUGUUCUUGCGUUCAAUGGAUGUGAUUGCUGAGCAGAGGAGGACGCACAUCACAAUGGCUGUCAGCUGGAUGACAAUUGUGGUUCCUCUGCUCACCUUUGAGAUUUUACUAGUACACAGACUAGAUGGGCACAAUUCUUUCUCUUUUAUACCCAUAUUUGUUCCUCUGUGGCUUUCACUGAUAACUUUAAUGGCAACAACAUUUGGGCAAAAAGGAGGAAAUCACUGGUGGUUUGGAAUUCGCAAAGACUUCUGCCAGUUCCUGCUUGAGAUUUUCCCAUUCCUACGUGAAUAUGGAAAUAUCUCCUAUGAUCUUCAUCACGAAGAUAACGAGGAAGCAGAAGAAACCCCAGUUCCUGAGCCACCAAAAAUUGCACCGAUGUUUCGAAAAAAGACUGGAGUGGUCAUUACACAGAGUCCUGGGAAAUAUGUGAUUCCACCUCCCAAAUUAAAUAUCGAUAUGCCAGAUUAAGAUGACAACAGCCUGUUAAAACUGGAACUGGGAAUCAACAGACAAAUGCAGUUCAUCUCAUGCCUCGUCCCAAUUAAUUUAAAAUAGCUUUUGCUUGAUUCAGUGGCGCGGAUCACAAAAAUGGGAGAUCUUGAAGAUUGAGAGUUUUUCCACAGAGAUUUUGUGAACCUCUCUAAUGGUUCACUUGGCACACAUGCCUGUAUAGUAUUUAUAUGAACAUUUUAGCAGUGUAAUAUAUUGUUUAAAAGUCUCGUCCUGUACAGUAUAAGUAUUAUCUAAAAGUAUUUUUUUAAAAAGCCUGUAUGAAAUGCCUGUUCUAUUCCAAGUGUCUUUCGGGUUAUAAAUAUACGCUCAUUUUCCAUGUCUGUGCUGAGUAGUUGUGGAUGUCUUGAUAUAGUACCUCUUUUCUCUUUUUUGCUCAGCCACAAUCAUUAGUUUAAUUUUGAAAGCACUGGUGUGUUGUGCUUCUGAGGAAGGACUGGAAAGAUUCUGGGGAGGAAAUUGAAUGUAUAGCAGCUUACUUGAUGCUUUUGAGUUAGCUAUGUAGAUUGGUACGUAUUUCAGUUUUUGCAGUGGCUUGGGAGUGAAGUUGCUUUUCCAGGUUCACUUUCUAACUCCUCCUGAGCAUUAUGUAUGCCACCCUGUCAUUAGUUUGGCUGUUUAAUAAACUGUUGCCUCUUGCA